GGGGUGGGGGUCCCACACUGACAGCGAUGGGAGGGGCAGUGGCCUGGCUCUUGGAAGCUGACGUCCCCAGGAUUGUCGUCCCCAUGGAAGCCUGCUGUGGGUUUUGAAGGAACGGUGCACCUCGGUUCCCUAUGAGUCCUGCUCUGGGUGAGAGAGGGGGUGGUGAGAAGUGUAUCUCCCACCGCAGGGCAGGGUGAGGCUUCACUGCCAGGCCCAGCAGCCCUUUGAGGACAGAAGGACACAGAGCAGAGCAGAUGGGGGCAGCUCCACCCCCACCCUGGGCUGCACAGACAGGGACAGGCAAAUGCUGAGGUUUUCCUCUGUUGGUACCACUUGGGUCCCCACAGCCAAAAGUCAGUCUGUGCCACCAAAGGAGGGCAGUUCUGAGAUGUUCUUGGGAUUGGAGACUUCCCUCUGGGCCCUUCGUUAUGGCUGCCCCAGGAAGGAGUCAAUGGCCCCUAACCCAAAGGUGCUCCAAGCACCCUGGGGUACCUGGUUCAUUUCCAAGUUGAGAUCAGCAGAUUCUCCACAGGAGUGCCCCGGCUCCCCUAAAUAACAGAGCAUCUCUCUGGGGAUUAAGGAGGUCAUCUGGGCCGGCGGCCACACAAUGGGUGGCUGGGUGCAGAAGGACAGUAUGGGCAAAGGGUUGGCCCACGAAUCUGCAAUUGUUGUCUACAUCUGGGAGAGGGAGAGGGAAGGAAGAGAGGGUAUAAAUAGAAACCUUUCGAGGCCCAGGAACAGGUGAAUAAGCAGAAGGCAGUCACGUGUCCUCUGAAAGCCACAUGUGGCAGCAUGGUGCCAGGCCAUGGCCCACAGGAGAGGCUCACACCUUCUCCUGUCUGUGCAGGACCUGCCCUUCCACACGCCUUCAUGGGGUACACACACCUCCAGUAAGGCUGGAAGGGUGGGCCCUGUUCCCAAUUCAACCACUCCCCAGACUUUCAAAGCCUGUUUUCUCAUCUGCAAAACUGUGGGAAUGUGAGACACUGUGUGUCACAGCCCUCCUCCCACUGUCUCUGCACGGGUUCUCCCACAGACUCCCUGCAGUGCCUACCACGCCCUCCAAGCCCGUGCUGUCCUUUCUCACUUCCUCUAGCCCAGCACCUGGGCCUUAAAAGACUCUGCUGGGAAGGCAGGCCUGCUACACAGCCAACGACACACCCUGUGGCUUUCAGGAGGCCAGCCAGGUGCUGUGUCCACCGCCCAGAGACUGCCCCAUCUGACCCCUGAACUCUUGAAAUGUCCACAUCAAAAGGGACCAGACACCUAGCUCUUUGCUGCAUUGAGGAUUCCAAAGCACACUGAAGGAGGAACAUGGCUGCCCAGAGACACAGACAAGCUGUUGCAAAGUGCACAGCUUUGCCCUCUUUGAUUAAACUUCCUGUAACCACAUAUUACAAUAGAAUCUCUUGGGAUUCCAGAAUUCCAGGCGGUGUCCUUUCUCCCACCAUUUGAGUUUUCUGGAUGCCUGGAACCAACUCCUAAAACACUGUCUCCAGGGGAAGAGGUCCACUGGAAAGGCUUGCCCAGGCCAGCUCACCCCAUUGGUCACCACUAUAGCUGAUCAGGGCUUGUGCUUAUCGAUCUUACCGUGGCGGGUCUGAGCAGGAGGCGGGGCGGGUUAACCGGCUGGAGUCGGGGUUCUCCCAGGCUGGGUUCCGCGCAAGGUCUCACUCCCUGCGCACUGGAGCCGCCUGGGCUUCCGCCGAGCCCUGACCUCCGCCCUUUAGUCUGCGACCAGUGGGUGCGUCAGGCCCCGGGGGUCGACGUGACUCGCGGUGCGCGCCAGAGAGGUCCCGUGGGCAGGACACGCCGGCCACGCGCUCCGGCCCCCACGCCGCGCACCUGUCCUGGGCGUGGCCCCGGAGCCUGGUCCCGCGGUCCCGCCCCGCCCCGCCCCGCCCCGGCCGCUCCCCGCGCUGAUUGGCCGAGGCGGCGCGCUAUGCUAAUGAGCCUGACCCGGCCCGCACCUGCCGCGGCGCUGCGGACCCGCCUUCUGUGGAUUCGCUAGCGGGACCUGCACCCGCGAGGAACCAUGCCGCGCUCCUUCCUGGUGAAAACGCACUCCAGUCACAGGGUCCCCAACUACGGGGAGCUGGAGACACAGAGAGAAAUCAAUGGCUCCUGUUCUGCCUGUGGGGGGCUGAUGGUGCCCCUCCUUCUCCCAGACAGGGCAGCCCCUCCCAUUUCUGCUGAUCCUGCCCAGCCCUGGGACCACACCUCUGUCGUCACCUGCAUCUCCCUGUCCCUCCCAGAAGCUCGGGGGACCUCUGAGCCAGAUCCCUUGGAAGUCAGCCUGAUGGACCCUUGUGCUGGCCAGGCUCCCAGCAUACCCCUCAAAGACAGCCUGAACCACCUCAAUCUGCCCCCACUGCUGGUUCUGCCCACACGGUGGCCCCCAAUUCUAGGCCUAGGCGGGGACCAGCCUCCAGACAGACUGCUGGGGGCUGAGCAGGCCCCUUGUGCCCCAGGGGGCUUCCAGUGCAUCCACUGCCACAAGCUCUACCACACACUAGCUGGGUUGGCCAGGCACCGGCAGCUGCACUGCCACCUGCAGGCUCAGCGCUGCUUCACCUGCAAGUAUUGUGACAAGGAGUACUCCAGCCUGGGGGCCCUCAAAAUGCACAUCCGCACGCACACGCUGCCCUGCAUUUGUGCCAUCUGUGGCAAGGCCUUCUCCAGGCCCUGGCUGCUCCAGGGCCACAUCCGGACCCACACAGGUGAGAAGCCUUACGCCUGCUCUCACUGCAGCAGGGCCUUUGCCGACCGCUCCAAUCUCCGGGCCCACCUGCAGACACACUCGGACACCAAGAAAUACCAGUGCAAGAGCUGCGCCAAGACCUUCUCCCGCAUGUCGCUCUUGGUGAGGCAUGAGGAGUCUGGCUGCUGCCCCGGUCCCUGAGAGGCAUGGGUCUGGUGCUGCAGGAGGGACGAGACCUCACCCAGAGACAUCACGGCUGGCGACCCUCUUCGCAGCCUCGUGCUGCCUGGUGUGCUCAGAGGAGCUGGCAGUCCCGGAGGGCAGGAGCUCAGCCUCCCACUCUCAGGUGCGUUCGCUGCACACCACAGCCAGAACAGCCCAGCGGGGCGUCGGGGUGUGCCAGGGCCCGUGGAGGGUCUCCUGCCCACUCUGCCCACUCAGAGGGGACGACUUUCAGCAAAACAAGAACCACUGUUUUGUGUUCCACUUGCUCUGGUUUCAGCUUCUGUGUCUCUAAGCAUUAGACUGUUGGGGACUGUUGCCAGCAUGGGCUGUGCCUGCCAUUAAGACAAGGAAUGGGGCCUUCGGAUCGCUCCGCAGCUCCACGCGAACAGUCUGACUUGUGCGAGCACACUCACAGUCCAGCCUGCGUGGGAAGAGCUACCUCAAGGCUCACCUCCCUCUGCCUUUGGCUUGGGAUCUGAGCCCCCGCAGCCUCAUGUUGCACAUGCGCACACGCCCUCCCCAUCUCACUAGGCUGUCCCUCAGGUGGAGCAGCACCCGGGGGAGCAGGAGCUGGGCCCCCUUCCCCAUCGUGGGGCAAUAAAGAGUCCACGUGCUCAGGCCUGUUA